GUCCCGAUGGCCUCAGCCUCGGAGCAGCGGCAUCACGUUCCCCGGGUCCCCCCGGUGCUGGCCUCUCACCUCCCCACCCGACUCGGCUGGCAGCCUCCUCGCCUCUUUCCCAGACCCAAGAUCUGCCGCCAGGCCGCCCUAGCUGCUCCCAGCGCUACCAUGAUUGAGUUGGUAGCAGAGCUGAGUCGGGGCCCCGUGUUUCUGGCUGGGGAGGCACUGGAGUGUGUGGUGACUGUCACAAACCCCUUAUCUCCCACGGCGACCUCUGCUUCCAGUGAAGCAUUGGCCUGGGCCAGUGCCCAAAUACAUUGCCAGUUCCAUGCCAGUGAGAGCCGUGUGGCACUGCCCCCCCCAGACUCCAGCCAGCCAGAUGUCCAGCCUGAGAGCCAGACUGUGUUCUUGCCACACCGAGGUGAGCGGGGUCAAUGCAUCCUAUCUACUCCUCCAAAGAUUCUGUUCUGUGACUUGAGACUAGACCCUGGAGAGUCCAAAUCCUAUUCCUACAGUGAAGUGCUUCCUGUGGAAGGGCCACCAUCUUUUCGGGGUCAGUCUGUCAAGUAUGUCUACAAGCUGACCAUUGGCUGCCAGCGGGUCAAUUGCCCCAUCACUUUGCUUAGGGUCCCACUGAGGGUGCUUGUGUUGACUGGCUUCCAGGAUGCCCUGUUUCCCCAGGAUGAGGCUGUGGCUCCAUCCAGCCCAUUCCUGGAAGAAGAAGAAGUAGGUAGAAAGGAUUCACGACUAGCAGAAUUGGCAGGAGAGUUCCUCAUGGCUGCCACAUCCCGCCGAAGUUUGUAUCUAUACAAUAUCAGUGACGGUCGAGGGAAAGUUGGGACCUUUGGAAUCUUCAAGUCCGUAUACAGACUUGGAGAGGAUGUAAUAGGGACCCUGAACCUGGGGGAAGGGACUGUGGCCUGUUUGCAGUUUUCAGUGAGUCUACAGACAGAAGAGACUGUCCAGCCUGAGUACCAGCGGCACCGGGGGGCAAGUGGGGCUCCAUCAGUGUCCCAUGUGACUCAUGCCCGACACCAGGAAUCCUGUCUACACACAACCAGAACUAGCUUCUCUCUUCCCAUUCCUCUAAGCUCUACCCCAGGCUUCUGCACGGCCAUUGUGUCCUUGAAGUGGCGGCUACACUUUGAAUUUGUGACAUCUCGGGAACCUGGCUUGGCACUGCUCCCUUCCAUGGAGCAGCCUGAGCCUGUGGUUUGGACAGGACCUGAACAAGUGCCGGUGGACACCUUCAGCUGGGACCUCCCCAUCAAGGUGCUGCCUACCAGCCCCACGCUGGUCUCCUACGCUGCUCCAGGCCCCAGUGCCAGCACUGUCACCAUCUGAUCUGGCUCCUGUUACCCACUGUGGCACGGCUGUGUUUGGACACAGCAUGAAAGUCAAGACUCCUACAUGGCCCUUUCUGGGGUUGUGUGAGUCUGAGAAGGGACUCAAUGGCAGGCAUUUGGCUGUCCAUUAACUUAUUUAUUUAGAAUAAAUUCACAGCUGCUAGUGGUUUCCCUAGAGGUGGCAGCAGCCGCAGUGGGCAGGCAGGCAGUGAAGUGGAUGGUCAGUGGAACCUAACUGGGACGUGGUCCUGGGGCCCCGGAGUCGGGGGUGUUGGCUGAGCCCCAUUCAAGGUCGGGGGGGCCUCCCCUGCAGGGCAGGUGAGGCUCAGCUUUUUGCACCAGGGAGAUGUGGCAGGUGCCUUCCUCCCGUCGUACCUCACACCCAGCUGGGAAGUCGAUGGGAUGCUGGGACCUAGGUGGACAUCAUAGGGAAGGAAAGUGCACACUGAGGUGCUGCCUUUUCCCACCAGCUCUGCCUCUAGUUAAACCACUGUAUUCCAGGAGCCCUUGUUUUAAAGCAAGAAUAGGACUUGACUUCCACCCUGAACAUUCUCCUAUUCUGUACUUACCCCCUCUUCCCAUCCCAAUACAACACAUUCUUCCUUUUCUCCAUGCCUUAA